AUAAGUCUUGGUCCUUUAAAAGGUGCCAAACUUCAUACCAGCAGGCGAAUGUAACACAACUUCCUGGUUGGCUCUCUCGCUGUCAGGAAAUCCCACCUCUGGAGGCUUGGCUAAUGUAAUCUCAAGCUGAAUAAACAUUCAAACAUGAGAAAAUAAUACUAAGAAUUACUGUUAUGUCUUGUACAUAACACACAUUUUAAUAAAAAUGUGGGAGUAUCCAGACUUUUUGCAGCUGAGUUAUAUAUAGCAAUAUCUUCUUUAAAUAGAGCACUUAUUUCUGCUGAGCGUGUAGUUUGGUUUGCAUCUGUAAACAAACGUUCUGGAUCAGAUUCACAUCGACACCAUUCCUCUGCUACAGCACUGACCGGUUUAAAUUCCUUGGUCGGGGAAAACACUGGGACUUUCUGUUACUGCUAUUACCAAUCAGUUCCUGUGGGCAGAGCUUGAUGCUUCUGCUCUAAAGUGUAUAUAAGGCUCCAGCCACUUGCGCCCACCUGAGACAGAACAGACGAGACCACUUUCGGAUCGGAGCAGCGUCGGCCGGCGUCGUUGAAGCUAUGAUAUCAAUCAAGGUCACAGUGAUGGUGGCGACACUUGUUACUCUUUGCAUCCUGUCUACAGACACGCACGCAGCGCACAUGUCUUGCUGUCGAAGACACAUGGUUGGCAGGAUCCCAUUUUCAGAUAUCAAGGGCUUCUCGGUGCAGAAAAUCACAGAACUAUGUCCCAUCAGUGCUAUCAUUUUUCACACAAAAAAAGGCAAAAGAUGUGCCAACCCGGCUCUGGCAUGGGUGAUGGACUACGUUAGUCGUUUAGAAAAUAUGGCACUUGACGUUCAUCAGAAGGCCCAAGAGAAGGAUUAGAGGCUCCAGAAAAAGAGGCAGCAGAGGAUGCAGAGGCCAGCUACCGCAAACACGCACAGAAAAGGCUUUCCCUUUUAUAGCUUAGUGAAAACCAGCUUAAAACACAACGCUGACAUCAUGAUGCUGUAAAACAAUGUAUAUAAUGGUUAAUUUGUAAGAGCGCUUAAUAUAUUGCGUGCUUUAUAUUCCUGUACAUGUUGUUUUUAUACAUUUUUUACACAAAAUAAAGAUGCACUUCGGAAAAAAAAAAAACUUCUGUCGGAUCUGUUGCAUUUAUAACCAAAUUUAGUUCCUAACAA